AUGUUGAACAACGUCACCAUGUUCAGAUGCUAUAAAGAAGACCCCAAGACGAUUAGAGAACUGAACAGCUCUUUCCUUGGAAAUGGUUGCGCAUACUAUGGUGAAUGUGGCGGCUUCAUUUACUAUUAUCAUAGAUAUCCAAGCACCGGCCCACCUCCAGCUUUAAAGAUUGAUCCUUCUUGUUCAGCUUUCUAUUAUCCCAUGAACAAAUCGAUUUCUAAACACAUCAAUAAAUCAGAUGAUGUUCCGGACGUGUUCGAUUUAUUGAGUGGUGAGUUUGAUCUUCAGUGGCAUAUUUCUAAUGAUUGCGCCGAUUGCCGUCGCCGAGGAGGCCUUUGUCAAACUGAUUGGUCCAACGAACGCCAUUGUAUCAAUGCCGAAACCAAGAGCCUCGGCACAGGAAGAUUCAGAGCCUGGAUCUGGAUUGUUGUGGCUGUAUCUGUUUCCACUCUGUUGUUGCUGAUUGGCUUUGUCUACUGUAAGAAGGCUAAAGCUCGAGGUACUCAUCAUCAUACUCCACACACUUCCUUGAUUCAUGGCUUGUUAAAAAUCUCUGAAAAGCAUUCCUCUGUUCUGCAAUGA